AUGGUCUCGUUGUCGUUCCUCCCCUACGUGUCGUCGCUCCUGCCGCUCACAAGACCCGUGCCCGGCAACUCGCCCGUCGAGCUCUGCGACCUCUCGGCCAGACACUCGCUCCGGCUCGACAGCGUCGACAUCACACCCAACCCGCCCGAGCGGGGCGCCAACCUCACUAUCACCGCGUCGGGCCUCCUCCACACCGCGGUCGCCGACGGCGCCUACGUGGACGUGGUGGUCAACUACGGCUACAUCAAGUUGUUGACGCAGACCUACGACUUGUGCGAGGAGCUCCCGAACGUGGACAUGACGUGUCCCGUCGCAGAGGGCGCGUACACGCUCACCAAGGAGGUGGCCAUCCCGGGCGAGGUUCCGCCAGGCAAGUACACCGUGUUCGCCAGAGCGUACAACAAGGACGACACCAUGAUCACCUGCCUCACAGGCUCGGUGGAGUUCUCCGCCGCGGGCGCCGUGGCCGUGCUCUAG